GUACGAAGUGCGCUGGCUACAAAGAUCAGUAAGGAGCGCGUCGGAACGGAACUUGAGGGGAUGUUCAACGGCCCCUCGCCCGUGGACGCUGUACGCUUGUUGCACCGGCUGGGCCUCUUCACGUCAGUCUUCGGACUACCGCCCUCCCUCCAAUCGCGACUUGGCAGCGCGUAUGGCGGGCCGUGCUGCACAUCCAUGGCAGCAGCGGACGGCAUCGCAUGUGCUCUGGGCCUGCAGAUGGACAAGGAAGAGCGACGCUUCCUGCUGCUGGCGGCCCUGCUGCUGCCGCUGCGCGACCUCCGUGCGCCGGCCGCCAAGGGCAAGCCGGUGCCCGCCACCGCAGCCCUCAUCCGUGACUCGAUCAAGUGGCGCGUCAAGGACAUUGAGAUGACUGGGGCGCUGCAUGAUGCGGCGGCGGAGCUGGCGGCCGCGCAUGCCGUACUGUCCAAGGGUGCCGCUGCCGGCAGCGUUGACGCGGCGCCGGGCCGCGAGCAGGAUGUCCGGGUAAUGCUUGGACAAGCAAUUCGCAAGCUAAAGCAGCACUGGAAGCUUGGCGUCGUCUUAGCACCGGUGGUUCUCAUGCGCGCGGCGGCACCGCUGGGCAAAGAUGCGGCCUCUAGUUCUGGGUCUGGAUCCGCGGGCGGCUCGGAGGACUCUACCGUAGACGGAGGCGGUGAGUUGUCGGAGGAGGCCGCCGCUGCGCGACUGGAAAUGGCUCGGGAGCUGCUGUCCGCGGUGGAGGCGUACGGUCUGGCAGAGUGCUGGUCUUGGAAGCCCCUCAUGGACGGAAAAAAGGUGAUGAGCCUGCUUGGCUGGUCCAAGCCUGGUCCCGAGCUAGGUCGGGUGAUGGCGGCAGUGGUGGACUGGCAGCUGAUCCACCCGGCAGGGACGCUGCAGGAAGCGGAGGAGAUGGUCAAGCAAAAGUACGGCGUGGGGCAACCAGAGGUCUGA